GCAGCGCGCGCCGGGGCCCGCGAGCCCUCAGCGGGCUGUGCUGCGCGCGAGCCGUUCGGUGCUGGGCAUGCUGGGAGUCGCUCGGGAAACCGCCACUGUCGCCGCCACUGCCACCGCCGUCGCCGCUGGCGGCCGUGGUGCGAGUCCCUGAGGCGCGGAGAUGAAAUUCCCGGCCUCGGUGAUAGCGUCCGUGUUCCUGUUCGUGGCCGAGACGGUGGCGGCGCUCUACCUGAGCAGCACCUACCGCUCCGCAGGAGACCGCAUGUGGCAGGUGCUGACGCUGCUCUUCUCCUUGAUGCCCUGCGCCCUGGUGCAGUUCACGCUCCUCUUCGUCCACCGCGACCUCAGCCGCGAUCGCCCACUGUCGCUGCUCAUGCACCUGCUCCAGCUCGGGCCCCUGUACAGGGCUUUUACCUGUGCCAGGGAAUGUAGCUUGGGCUUCAUCAUGACCUUGUCCCUGCUGUCUAUUGUCUAUGGCGCCUUACNUUGCAACAUCUUAGCCAUCAAAAUCAAGUAUGACGANUAUGAGGUCAAAGUCAAACCCCUGGCUUAUGUCUGUAUCUUCCUCUGGAGAAGCUUUGAGAUUGCCACUCGAGUCAUCGUCCUGGUCCUCUUCACCUCUGUCCUGAAGAUCUGGGUGGUGAUCGUCAACUUCUUCAGCUUCUUCUUAUACCCCUGGAUCGUUUUCUGGUGCAGUGGCUCCCCAUUCCCUGAGAACAUAGAGAAGGCCCUAAGUCGGGUGGGUACCACCAUCGUGCUCUGUCUCCUCACUUUACUCUACAACAUGUUCUGCUUGUCAGCUGUGCAGCUGAAAAUCGACAAUCCGGAGCUCAUCAGCAAAUCCCAGAACUGGUACCGCCUGCUGAUGUACUACAUGACGCGGUUCAUCGAGAACUCUGUCCUCCUGCUCCUGUGGUAUUUUUUUAAAACGGACAUAUACAUGUAUGUGUGUGCGCCUCUGUUGAUUUUGCAGCUGCUCAUUGGGUACUGCACCGGCAUUCUCUUCAUCCUUGUGUUCUAUCAGUUUUUCCACCCUUGCAAAAAGCUCUUCUCCUCCAGUGUUUCUGAAAGCUUUAGGGCACUCCUCAGGUGUGCCUGUUGGUCCUCCAGGAGGAGAAAAUCCAGCGAGCCAGUAGGAUGGAUAGACACGGACUUAAAUGCAUGCACAGAGCAAGAUGUAAUGCCUACUACCAGUAAAGGGAUCCCCGAGGCCACUGAGAUCUGGACUGCUGUUGAUCUGUGCUCUGCUUAAUGAGACCCGAGGCUUGGUAUAAGUAAUGAGACGUCACACACAUCAUGAGCCCUGCACAGGGACUAAGGCAGGAAGUUAGCUGUCAGUUCCCUGUGAGCUGCUACCUUUUAUAAAGCCCUUGGAUUUGAGGCAGCUUUGGGAGCAUUAAAGAAGCCUACUACNCCACAGUUUGUUUCACAUUUGACUCUUUUAUGUUCUUGCAUCCUCACUGGCCAUUUCAUUGAUUGACACAGUAUCCCUGAAGUUUCAGUUGAGCUGGUCAUACUCAUCAUUAGAAUGAAGAGAAAUGCUUGUUUUCUAGUUCCUAGCCUGUUGUCUCAGUAGCCUAAUGCUUUACUACUACUGAAUAUAGCUUUAUACACGAAUCACCAUGAUAGCUGGAAUAGGUUACUAGGGAUUUUACAGCUUUGUUCCAAUUAUAAAUUAUAGGAGAGCUAUUUAAGUUUGUUUUAUCGGUAUGUUCCAUUUUCACCUCACUAAGACGUUUUGUACAUAACCAAGUGUAGCCACUCUGGCAUGCAAUGUGCAUUUUGUUUCAAGGGCCUAGAUUUGGGACUUUAUUAACUAGGAUCCAUUGGUACAGUUAUUUAGGAAAGCNGUGUUUCAUUCCACAUGUUGAAGAAAGUAGGGAUCAGGAUAGAUUGGGACAACUGUUAGAACAUCAAAAUGACUGAAGUUCAUACAAAUAUCUAAAUGUUUAAAGAUAUGAAUUGGUUAGAAGGUAGGGUUCAUUCUCCUCAUAAUUCAGUCUUGUCCUAUAAUUCUGAGAAAUGCCUAGUAGAAUUUUCUAAGAUCAAUAUUUUAAGAAAGAAGAAAAUAAAACUGAUAGUCUUCAUCUCUAUCUCUCCCUUCCUUGCCUGCCAGGCAAGUUUUAAACAAGACUUAACCUCAGUUCAUUUGCUGUUGUUUCUAGAAAGCCCUAUAGAAAUCUGUUNCCUGAUGCAAGUAUACAGGACAUUUUAUUCUUCACAAUUUUAAGAAAAAGAAGUGUUUNCUUACUACCAUCCUUAGUUAGAAAUGUUGACCUUAGAAACUUUUUAAGUUAUAGAAAGUANUGAAAUGAUCAGAAGUUUUUGUUCCUCAUAAAAUCCAUUUUGACUUGAUAGCAGUUCAUUUUCAUGAGAUCAGUUUUGUCCCCACAUUUCAUUUAAUGAAUAAUUUCUCUCUCAUCUGGAACUAUUUAUUUUAAUUUAAAAGGGUUGGAUAGAAUAUUGUCAGUACUCUGACAANAGUGCCAGCAAGAAAUGCUAUGAUUUCUACCACUAAAUGUGGAUGAUGAAAUGUCUACAAACAAGUGACCAUGAAAUUCGCACCAACUUAACNUGAAAAUUGUAACAAAAUUUAAUGCGUUUCCAAAGGCACCCCUAUUUGUUAUUCUAUGGGAUAGAAUAGAUAUUUACUUUUCUGACCACCUAAAUACAUAAGACANAUUUAUCUGGCCAUCAUACUCCUCAUAAUUGCUUUUUAAAAACNCUUUUGGUAUCAAAUUGAUGAGAAAUUUCGUAAACAAAUGAACAUUCAGUUUGGUAACUAUUUUACUAUACUAGAGGAUUCGUAAAAGAGUAAGUAUUCUUUGAUGUGUCAUUCACACUGUUAAUCUUUGUACCAUUUUGUAUGCACACACUUCAGCAAGGUUCGGAANCACAGAGCAUCCGUUUUCCUUCCUGAAAUAUUUUUCCUCAUUUGAACUUCUUCUG